GGCUCCGGGACUUCCAGCUUCCUCCGUGUGUAGUGACAGAUCCAGCCGAGCGGCAGGACAUGCGAGCGGCGAGGACUACGGGCUUUGAUUACAUCGGAUACAAGUGAAAACAGAGGCUUGUCCGUCCGUGUUUGGUCAGAUUUGUGUGCUGAGCUGCCGGUCAGACAUGCGGCUGAAGGUGGGCUUCUUACUGCGGAGUCUGCUCGUCCUGGGAACGUUUCUGGGUCUGGUCCUGCUCUGGUCGUCCUUGUCCCCGAAGCCCGACGACGGGACCCCGUAUGGAAAACGGGACAACGGUUUUCUGCCCAAAGCAGACGUUGGGGCUCAGUUUAAGCCCGUGGUGCCCUGGCCUCACGUGGAAGGCGUGGAAGUGGACCUCAACUCCAUCAGACUGAAAAAUGGAGGGGACGACCGUCCCCAGGACGCCCGCCAGCAGCCUCACCAGGGGCAGGUCAUCCAGCAGCAGUAUGUGACCUUCAAGCCCCACAAACAGGCCUACAACAGCCCCGUUCUGAAGAAAGGCGAGCUGGGAAAUUUUGAGCCCCAUGAACCUGAGCCGCAAGGGGUCCCCGACGGUCCCGGCGAGGCGGCCAAGCCGUUCGUCCUGGGCCCAGAGUACAAAGACUCCGUCCAAGCUACCAUCAAAGAGUUUGGCUUCAACAUGGUGGCGAGCGACAUGAUCUCCCUGGACAGAACCAUCAGCGACCUGCGUCAUGAGGAGUGUAAAUACUGGCAUUACGACGACAGACUGCUGACGUCCAGCGUGGUGAUCGUCUUUCACAACGAGGGCUGGUCCACUCUCAUGAGAACCGUCCACAGCGUCAUUAAGAGGACUCCCAGGAGAUACCUGGCUGAGAUUGUGCUGAUCGACGACUUCAGCAACAAAGUUCACCUGAAGGAGCGAUUGGAGGAUUACAUCAAGCAAUGGAACGGCCUCGUCAAACUCUUCAGAAACGAAAAGCGAGAAGGAUUGAUACAGGCCCGAAGUAUCGGAGCCCACAAAGCCAACAAAGGACAGGUUCUGAUCUAUCUGGACGCUCAUUGUGAGGUUGGAAUCAACUGGUACGCGCCACUGGUUGCCCCGAUUUCCAAAGACAGGACAGCAUGCACAGUGCCUCUCAUAGAUUACAUAGACGGUAAUGAGUACAGUAUGGAGCCUCAGCAGGGGGGAGAUGAGGACGGCCUGGCUCGAGGGGCCUGGGACUGGAGCCUGCUCUGGAAGAGAGUGCCGCUCAGCCAGAGAGAGAAGGCCAAGCGAAAGCACACCACGCAGCCCUACCGGUCUCCAGCCAUGGCCGGAGGUCUCUUUGCUAUAGAGAGAGACUUCUUCUUUGAGCUGGGUCUGUAUGACCCCGGACUUCAGAUAUGGGGAGGAGAGAACUUUGAAAUAUCCUACAAGAUCUGGCAGUGCGGAGGCCAGCUGCUCUUCGUGCCGUGUUCCCGUGUCGGCCACAUCUACAGACUUCAGGGAUGGCAAGGAAACCCCCCGCCGGCACAUGUUGGAUCCUCUCCCACACUGAAGAACUACGUCCGUGUGGUGGAGGUUUGGUGGGAUGAAUAUAAGGAUUACUUCUACGCCAGCCGCCCUGAAACUCUCACGCUGGCCUACGGGGACAUCAGCGACCUGAAGCGCUUCAGGGAAGAACAUCGGUGCAAAAGCUUCAAAUGGUUCAUGGAGGAAAUCGCGUACGACAUCCCAGUGCACUACCCUCUUCCUCCGAAAAACGUGGAGUGGGGGGAGGUUCGGGGCUUGGAGACGAGUUACUGUAUUGACAGUAUGGGGCACACCAACGGAGGGACGGUGGAAAUCGGUCCUUGCCACAGGAUGGGUGGAAACCAGUUGUUCCGCAUCAAUGAAGCCAACCAGUUAAUGCAGUACGACCAGUGCCUGACCAGAGGAGACAGUUCAAACGUCAUCAUCACACACUGUGACCAGAACCAGUACACCGAGUGGAAGUACUUCAAGGAUCUCCAUCGGUUCACUCACAUGCCAACAGGAAAGUGUCUGGACCGCUCUGACCUGCUUCACAAAGUGUUCAUAUCAGACUGUGACACUAGUAAAACCACUCAGAAAUGGGAGAUGAACAAUAUUGUUGCCGUAUGAAGACUGGAAGAGAUCCGUGGGGGGAGCCGGGAGAGAAAUACAAAAAAUGUUAUGAGGAUAUGAACCAAAACUAAACAUUUUAGCCUGAGUGAAGUCCCAAAGGCUCGGCUGUUGCUACCAGCCCAAAUCUUCCUUUGCGAAGCGAGGUCCAAUGCAGUCGUGGAUCAGACGGACACGGAGACGCGGCGGCUGGCAAAGGAACCAGCUGAUCGAGACUGAAGCGACCGGUCCGCAGCAGAAGCUGCCGGACAAUCGCCGACCUGGGAAAACGUCUCCGGCCCUCCUUGGUGGUUGUUUACAUGGUGUCUUUGCUCUGUUGGGGUUUUAUGUUUUUCUUUUAUCGCGUGGAUUCAGGAAAUUAAAUCCAUCCGCUCUAACUAUUUCAUAAGCACUUUUAAUGAAAAGAAACACUCUACUAACCAAACGGAUGUUUGGGUGAAGGAUUCAGACGUUCCUGCGAGUCACACUCCAGCGACUGUCCGUCAGUUCCAUGUUUACAGAGGCGAGUUGAAGCCGUCAUUUCAUGUCCGUAAACAAUUAUGCAGGUUCCUUUUUUUUUUUUUUUUCUUGAGGACAAGAAACCGAAACCGUUUGUGUUUUAAGUUUUUACUCGAAGUUUAUUUCUGCUCCGUGUCUGAAACCAUCCAAAUGCCUUCCAGCACAAGUAAAGAGGGUGCAUGUGUUUUAUUUAGCUGGUUACAUUUAUGUGACUUUAAUUUUAAAGGACCUGGAAAAGACUGAUAGAUAGACUGCCGUACUGGGUCCAGAACGAGGCGACUGGUUUGGGUUACUGGGACGGGGGACAUCGAUGAUAGUGGGGUUUACAUGUGAAAAUGACAACUAAUUAAAUAUCUACUUUUCCUUUUUUUUGUCUUUUUAUUUAGGGGAACAGGUUCUGUUGAUGGCAUUUUCAGCGUUUUGUAAAAUAUAACUGAAUCCUUUCUAAAGAUGAUCAUGGUGUACCAUAACAAGAGCCUUCAAUGAUGUAAAUAUCUAAUUUAUAGCAGAGAUUUAAUAAUGUGGCCGAACGGUGGGUGACUGUGGAAAUAAAUGACUUUUUCUACUGCC